CUUGCCUAACACAGACAGGAGCCUUGAGACCCAGAGAGAGACAGUAACUAGUCCAGGGUCACACAGCCUGCAAUGGCCAGCCCUGACAUGGCCAUCCCCAGGGAGCUCCAGCUCCCUGUCCAACACUUCCCAACAUGCCCAGCUUGGGCUGAGGCCCGGGAGACAGCCACCUUCAGGAAGGCUGAAGAGGGGAUGAAGGGGCAGUGCACACAACCCCUGGCAGCAGGCUCUUCUCAACAGAGCAUGUGGUUGCCAGGGUUGCCGAGGAGUGGGUGCUCUCACAAUCAGGCUGCAGUGGGCAUUGUCUAUGCAGAAUGUUCCUUUACCCUCCUGCUGACUCAUAAGGCAGUGGGGCCUGGCCCAUCUCCCUGCCUCUUCUCCUCACUGAGUGCUCAGAGAGCAGAAAACCCUUAUAAACCUGUGCACCUGGGACCUGCGCCCUGUGAGCCCCUUCAUACUCUCUACUCCCUAGCCAUGGCCCGCAUCAUCGACCCGGUGCCCUGGGAGGACGGCUCCUCCCACGUGUACGCGUCCCCAGCCAUCCUGCUCCCAAUGGAACAGCAGCGCAACCAGUUGGCCAGCGUGAAGCAGCAGCUCUACCACCCGGCCCUGCCCAGCCUGCGUCGCAUGGACAUGGACUCUGUCAGGGCAUGCUUGUCGGAUGAGCACUGCCAGUCCACCACCUACUGCUGCAAAGAUGACUUCGACAACGCCUACUUCACACUGCUCGGCGUUCCCAACAAACCCCUGCAGUGCUUAGAUAUCACCGCGACUGGCCAGAGGCUCCGCGACAGGUGCCGCAAGGGAAAGCUGGCGUCCAUCGCGCCGGGCCUCCACCGGGUCGACUGGCCCUGCUUCACGCGCGCCAUCGAGGACUGGUCCCAUUUCGUGUCCUCGGCUGGCGAGUUCAAGCUGCCCUGCCCGAGCAGGAGAGGUGAGAGUUUCAGCGGCUACGCGGUGCGACAUUUGAAGCCGGAGGUGACCCAGAACUGGCGGUACUGCCUCAACCAGAACCCCAGCCUGGACUGGUAUGGACAGAAGCCCCUGCCUUUCAAUUCCCUUCGUGUCAGCUACCUGACCCCUUGGCAUUAAUCUGUGAAAAGAAGGCCGACCCCCCGGCUGCCAGACUGUGCCACCUCAGUUUCCCCAUCAGGACGGAGAGUGUAUGGUGGCACCACCCAUCUCCUUAAGGUUCACCCUGACUGGAAGUAAACCUAAUGCUCCCACAGGGAGAUACUAGUCCCAUGUGUGUGUUUGUGUGUGUUUGUGUGUGUGUGUGUGUGUGUGUGUGUGUGUGUGUGUGACAGAGGCUUUGAGAAGGUCAAGACCUCAAGAUGAUGAUGUCUUACCCUUACCUGCUCCCUACCAACUCCUGGAGGACUGGUGGAGGGCUACAGAAAGCUAUCCAGUGACCCCCAGGUAGAGAGUGAGUCAAGAUCUAAGCCCCAAGGCCCAGCCGGAGGUGGGGUGCUGAGGCAGGCCUGAGAGUUGGGUUGUCUCUGUGUCCAUGUCCACUGCUUGCAGCCCCACAACCAAGCUUCCUCCACUUGAUUCUCUGAACUUGAGCCCUAAAAAUAAAAAAGGGGGUUCAAAAGGGAUUUUUAGACACCUCUCUUGUACCAGUGUUCUCCGGGGGGCUUUCCUGGGCCCAGGGUCCCCUGAGAGGUGGAGGCAGGCUCUGGAGCGCUGGCGAGGCCUAUGGCCUCUAUUCCCUGUGAAGUAGCAGAGCGUAGAAGUAAGAUGAGAUACCUGAGACCACUCAGAGAAGAAAGCUUCCUGGUCCCCAAGGCACCACCAAUGAACAUACCAUGUAAGCAAAAUGUCUGCUCUAUCCACGUGGCUUCAGGACUAGCCCUCAUCUGCCCACCAACCUACAGAAAGGAAGGCAUGAUGUCCUGAGUACAGCCAUGGGCACCCCUGGGCCUGGUUCAGAAUAGCCCCACUCAAACUGGCUAAGGAAGAGUGUCUAUGGCAUGGUUCGGGGGUUGCAGCAACAGCAUCAGCACUUAGGUCCUGGGCCUUGCAGAUAUCCCACCCCCACCCACCUGUGGGCAGUCUACAAGGACAGACCCAGGUCAGCAAAACAGCCACGAAGCUCAAGAACUGUUUAAACAGGACCUUUGGUGCAAGGGUAAUGAAUCUUCUGAAAUCAUGUGCAAAACUGUAUAUGUGUGCAUUUUCCAUGGAAAGGCUCCUUGUUUUUCAUCUGAUUCUCAGGACAGUCAUUGCCUUCAAAGGUUAGAAAGCCCUGACUCACACCCUCCUCCUCCCCUUCCACUAAUAUUUACCAAGCGCCUAGUACAUGCAAGCCAGGUCUCAGAUGGAAGGAACUGAAAGAAUAAUACCAGCCCCUCACUUCUGGACCCUGAUAUACUGUUUAGAACAUAUUAUCAUGUGACCCACGAUCUCCUCAGACCCCACAAGCACCUUGGGAAGUGAGCAGAACUAACGCUACCCCAUUUCACAGAUGGGAAAACUGAGGCCCAGAUCAGGAAAAUAUUAAGUUAGCUUCUGGCCAAACCCAGAACCCAGGAUUCGAAGCGUG